AGUGGACUACAAAUGGAAACAAGACAGUCUACUUAGUUUGACUGCUCACGGUGGAGCAUCUCGCGAUUCAUCGCAUCGGUUAGGUGAAGUGGUGAUCGCGUCAGAGUGUUAUAAAACAGCGCAGUAAAAAGAGAUUAUAAAUUGAUCCAUCAGCCUUGAGAAUUUAAGGGAGUGGGGUUCAAUGGCAGGUCGAUGUGCGGUGUGUGACGCUUCCGGUGGAAAACAAUGUUCCGGCUGUCAACAGGUCAGCUACUGCGGUAGGGAUCAUCAACGGCAGCACUGGAAGGCUGGACAUCGCGAGCAGUGCCGGUGUUUUAAGAUUUCCAGCAACGCCAUCCUCGGACGCCACCUCACGGCCACCCGCCCGAUCCGGCGAGGGGAACUGCUUUUCACCGAUUCGCCGCUGCUGUUGGGACCGAAAAUUGCCAGCAUUCCGGUUUGCUUGGGUUGCCAUCGGAACCUACCGCCGUUGAUUUUAAAUCAGGAAAUCGAUGCUUCACAGGUUGACUUCUACCACUGCCGCCACUGCAGUUGGCCUCUGUGCGGUCCAUCGUGUGAAACCGCAACCUCGCACAAGGACGAGUGUCCUCUCCUGGCGCGCUCAUCCAAAGCCAUCGGUUCCCGACUUCAAUUCUGCUUCUCCGAUCCAACCCGCAAAGAGUCGGUUUACUGUGCGGUGGUUCCUCUGCGAGCUCUGCUGCUCAAGCGCUCCAACCCAGAACGCUUCCGCGAUGGCUUCCUAACUCUGGAAUCGCACCUAGAAACACGACUGAAAACGCCCCUUUACGCGGCCCUUCGAACCAACCUGGUGCCCUUUGUGAGGGACAUUCUCGGAAUGGGCGGGGAGGUCACCGAGCGGGAGUUGCUGGAAAUUGCUGCCAUUUUGGAUACCAACUGCUAUGAUGUGCGGCUGUCGGAGCGGGAUGUGAAGGUGCGAGCCCUUUAUGAAUUGGGGGCCAUGAUGUCCCAUCACUGUCGACCGAACACCAAGCACUACUUUGAUGAGCGGCUGCGACUGGUCGUGGUGGCAACAGUGGACAUUCCGAAGGACGCCGUCAUUAGCAUUUCCUACACCCAACCGCUCCUCAGCACCAUCCAGCGCCGAUACGCCAUCCAGCAGUCCAAGUGCUUUGAGUGCUGCUGCGACCGCUGCCGGGACCCAACCGAGCUGGGAACCUACCUAGGAUCCAUCGUGUGCCCAUCCUGUCGCAAAGCCAAGGUUGUGGCCUUCGAUCCGUUGGACCUGCGCUCCGAUUGGCAGUGCGAGAGUCGCAAGUGCUCCUUCCGGGAGUCGGCCGUCGAUGCGGUGCGACGUAAUGAGCUCCGGCAGGCCGAGAUAAUGGCGUUGGCCCGUACGGUUUCGCCGCGUGACCAGUAUGAGCAGUUCCUGGUAACCCAUCAGCUGGAAUCCUCAAAAGGGGAACUGGAGCUGCUGCACCCGUGGAAUAGCAAUGUGCUGCAGGUGAAGUACGCUCUGACGCAGCUGUACCGGGGAGAUAGCGUCAGACUUUUGCCGACUUAUUUUUCUCACCAAUCUCCUUUUGGCACGGAAAUCCUUGUGGUCGAACCGCACUCACUGGCGAGAAUUCUGGGCAAGCACACACCACACUUCCAAGCCGCAACCGAACCGCAACCGGAAGCGCACCUUCGCCGCCAGGUGGAGCUCUGCCGGGACCUGCUGGAGGUGGCGAACCGUCUCGAGCCCGGGUUCAGUCCCUUUCGGGGCAAACUUCUGGUCGCGCUGCGGGAUGCAUUGCUAAUUCUGCGGGAAAACCCAUCACCGGCUGAUUCGAACCCGGAGCACGUUCCACCGAGUAAAAUGAUGGCGACGACGAGCGAGGCCAAGCAACGGCGGCAGCGCGGCAGAAUCAAUUCCCAGAUUACGCCCAAUUGCGGCGGGGGAGGAGUGAAAAGUACGGCCCAGCUGUUGGACGAGGUGGAGAAGGAACUGGCGGAGAUGGGGAAGUCGGAUCCAACAUUGUACGACGCUCAACCCAAAGCUCCGUGACAAGGGCCGUCGUGUCGUUUUAGGAAAAGUUACGUGACGAGUGGUGGGAGAGGAGAGGAAAUUUGAAAGCUAGGAAUGAAAUCAAAUAAAUACUUAAUUUGGUUCCGACCGCA